UACAAUGUAGCAAUUUCUCUAUUAAUCGCAAUAACUGCAACAAAGCUGCAUUUAUUCACGCACCGCGUGUGCUACAGCUUAGUGCAUGGCGGGUGGCGUCGACUCGCCAUGCUGCUGCACGGCCCGCCAAAAAUGAGGGGCUCCUUUUUCCCUGCGAAUUCCCAAGCAUACCCCCCUCCAUCCAAGAUUAUUCCAACAUUAACUCAUAUUUUUUUGCUCGCCAGAAGACAUAUGUUGUCUCUCGGCGGGUUUGCCAUCUUCCACGUCCCAGCUAAGAGCAGCGUCUCGGGCCGAGUGUGGACGUGCAAGCACGGGCAUUUAAACCGCCUCUACUGGCGGUUUGUUUUGAAUGUCAAAGGCUGUCGAGCUAGCGAUACACGUCCGAAUAUUGUUGGUAGCCUAGCUGUGGUUAGCAGGCUAACAAGCUAAGGCUAGCCAAACGGAGCCCGGGCAAUAUGACAAAUUGCGGGUGUUACAGCUGCAGGCUGGCCGUCUUUUUCGUCACACGAACACCUUGUGCUGGUUUUGGGGUUGUUAUUGUAAUCGGAACGUGACGGGAUAAGUGUUAUUACGCAGGCGUAGAUGUUGGUGUUAGACUCGUUAGCAUUUAGCCCGCAGCGUCUCCCAUUCAUAUCCUGCGCAGUGGCGCCGCUAAAUGGCAAGUAUCCGCUGUCUUUUGCAGAGAAUUAAAUUGUCAUGGAUGAUGAAGACGGCAGGUGCCUUCUCGAUGUGAUUUGUGACCCGGAAGCUCUCAAUGACUUUCUUCAUGGAUCUGAGACCCAUUUGGACACUGACGACCUUUUGGAUGGUUCGGGUGAUCCCGCCAGCUCAUUCUUCUCCGCCACCGGGGGCCACGUUCCAGAGGUCCAGCCUACAGUUCAGCUCUCGGCCAAUGAGGCCACGGGUCUGCCCAGAGUCAGCGUUGACCUGGACUUCCUGGAGGAUGACGACAUCCUGGGCGGAUCCCCCGACGGGGAAGGCGGGAGCAACGGCAUCGGGACCAACCACGAGCCCUGCGACAUCCUGCAGCAGAGCUUGGCCGAAGCUAACAUCACCGAGCAGAGUUUACAAGAAGCCAAUGCGGAGCUGGACCUGGAAUCGUUUGGCAUUUCCGCUCUUCCGCAGGUGGUUCAGACGCUGCCCAACGCCGGCCUCUCUGGAGCGGCGGGCGCGACUGUCGGCGUAGGCAUCAGCGUCGGGGGGGCGACGACGGCCAUAUUCCCUGGCUCGGCCCAAAGUGCCACGUCCACUCCCCCGAACGCCACCGCCGACAUGCUGGGCUCUGUGCUGGCUCAGCAAGGUCUUCAGCUCCAACCGCAGGUUAUGAACAAGGCUAUCAGCGUUCAGCCCUUCAUGCAGCCCGUGGGCCUCGGGAACGUGACGCUUCAGUCCAUUUCGAGUCUUCAAACUCUCCCGAACGGGAGCCAGUCUGGACAUUUGGGGAUUGGACAGAUUCAGGUUGUGGGCCAACCCACCGUCAUGACUAUCAAUCAGUCCGGGCAGCCCAUUCUGGCCAAAGCGAUGGGAAGCUACCAGCUGCACCAGUCCGGGCCGGAGGUUUCAGGGGCGACGACUCAGACUGGGCUCGGGGCAUCGGGAGGUGGACUUCUCAUCCAAAGCAACAAAACCACGUUGGGUUCGCCAUCUUUAAAUGGACCGCCCACGGUUGUUAGCAGUACAAACAGUACCAGUAGCGGCACCAUGACCGCACCUGCUGGACUUCUGGGCUUUGGAAGUACAUCCCUAAGUUCAGGAAUGCCGCCCCAAUCUCAAACUCAAGGCCAAAUCAUGCACAACGUGAUUAUCCAGCGCACACCGACUCCCAUUCAGCCUAAACCUCCUCAAGGAGGAGCCCUCCAAACAAAACUUUUCAAGCCGCAGCAGCAACAACAGCUGCAGCAGCAACAGCAGCAGCCGACGUCCCAAAACCUGCAGAACGACACCACCAAGGCCCUCGGGCUGCAACAAAUUCCUGUUUCUGCAGCUCAGAAUGUAACGUUUCUGACUGGAAAACCAGGCUCAAAUGUCGUACUCAGCACCCAAGCCGCCACACAAGGCUCGCAGUUCCAGCAAACCUUGUUCAAGCAACAGGCGGCGCAAGCGGCCGGCAAACCGCUCAGCGUACACUUGUUAAACCAAUCGGGCAGCAUCGUUAUUCCCUCCCAGACGGUUCUGCAAGGUCAGAAUCAUCAGUUCCUCCUGCCACAGUUGCAAGCGGGCGGGCAGAUCCUGACCCAGCACCCCGGGGGCCACAUCAUAACCAGUCAGGGCCCUGGUGGCCAGCUCAUUGCUAACCAGAUUUUAACAGCCAACCAGAACAUCAACUUGGGUCAGGUUUUGACUUCCCAGGGACAUCCCGGAGCAGCCCACAUUCUAUCCGGACCCAUUCAGCUUCAGCCUGGUCAGAUGGGCACACCCACCCUGUUUCAGAUGCCCGUCUCGUUGGCUCAGACGCAGGCCCAGACGCAGACCCACACCGUCUCGGGGCACGGUCCAACGGUCAUCCAGGGCAUGCCUAUCCAGAACUCCCUGACCAUGCUCGGUCAGGUGGAGGGCUUGAGCCCGGCGGUCAGCCUUCAGCCGGCUCUGCAAGCCCAGCCAGGUGGAGUCCCUAGCAGCAGCAGUUGUAGUAGCAGCAGUAGCGUAAGCGGAGCGGCCACCAUGGCAGCCACCAUCACGCAAGGGCAGCCGGCAGAGUGCAUCACAGUUCUGGGGAGCGCCACCGACCAGGCCGCCCAGCAGGCCUCGAUCCUCUCCAUGCAGCAAGCUCCUCCCGCAAUCACCGCCGUAUCGUCCUCCGCUCCGUCCAUGUCCCUGUCUUCGCCAGUGACUGCGGUCGGGCUGGUCUCGCACCAGGCUCAGCACAGCCCGGGGAGGCUUUUGUUCACCAACCAGGGCUCCAGCAUGAUCCUGAGCCAGGAGUCUCUGCAGAUGUUCCUUCAGCAGCCGGAGAACAGAGAGGGCGAAUCGACCCCCUCGGUGGGGGUCCCUGCGUCCGUAAUCGUCAGCGGCCUCGGCGUCACAGCUCCACCCCACACUGUCCGUGACAGCCAAUUAAGUGAUUCGUUGGUGGGUCGCAGCCCCCCAGUGUUAAAGCAGGUGCCCUCCAGUGGACAUCAGCAGCCCUUAAAGAUCCAGAGUAUGUCCCCCUCGCCAGCCUUGAGCGGUCACGCCACGGCGCCCCCUGUGGCCGACAGCCCGCAGCCCUCGCAGUCGCCGCUGACUCUCAGCCAACACAUCCAGUCGCCGCACCACCAGCAGUCGCGUCCUCCCUCGCAGCCCCAGCCGGCGUCGCAAACGCCCUCCCGCUCCUGCACGCCCUCGUCACACCCGCCGCCCCUCUUCAUCGUCCACAACCAAGUCGCCGAGGCCCCCUCGCAGCCUCAGGUGGCCCAGCCGCAACCGACCCAGAUCCAAGUCCAGCUCCUCCCUCAGCCGCGGCCCGCUUCCCAGCCGGCACCUUACCAUCAACAGGAGCAGCCUCCCAUGUCGCAGUCGCCCAAGCCCCAGCUAGUGCACUCUUUCUCCGCCCCUCCCGCUGGCGCGGUGCCACCGGCCGUGUUAAAAGCCCACGUCCCCGUCCACAGCCUGACGGCGGAUCAGCAGCAGCACCUGGCGCUGUUGGGAUCGCAAAUCCAGACGCUGUCGGCCAUCAGCCAGCCCUCGCUGCAGCAGAAGCAGCUGCUGGAUAAGCUCCACCAGAUCCAGCAAAGCAUCCUGCUGCAGGUCAAGCAGCCGGCUCAGGCUCAAGUGCAAGCUCAGGCCCAGGCUCUUCCUCCAGCCGGCAGCCAGUUCAGCUUGCAGCAAGACGUGCCUGUGGAUAAAGCGGCGAUCGCAUCAUCGGCCAGUGCAGCCACACCCGCUCAGCUGUCCUCGGCGCUGCAGCCCACCUCUGUGCUCAUUACAAGUCCCGCUACAGCCUCAAGUGACUUACAGGUAGUCUCAGGAGUCCCGGGACAAGCUGGAGCCAAGGUGAAUCAGAGUAUCGCUCCCGUGAGCCUUACACAGCCUGCACAGCCAAAGCCUGGAGUGAUCGGCUCGGGUGGAGGAAUGUCUCAUGGUAAAGGUGGCAUGCAGAUCCACGUGUUAGGUACCAAUGUCACCCAAAUGCCUGCUCCACAACCUCCAGCUCUUCUACAACCUCAAACAACAGCAAAGAUGCCUUUCACUGCAGAGCCAAGCAAAGAAGCCAGGUUGCUGGAGCAGCUGAGGAAACAUCAAGGCUUGGUGCUUCACCCAAAUUACAGCGCUCCCUUCGUCUCCUUCGGGGACACGCUAAACCGACUGCUGCCUUACCAUCUCUACCAGGGAACGGCCAUUUCCUCUCAAGAUUAUCAGAAAGUGGAUGAUGAAUUUGAGAGCGUCUCCUCCCAGCUGCUGAAGAGAACGCAAGCCAUGCUUGAUAAAUAUCGAUACCUGCUCUUUUCCGAGUCAAAGCAGAGACUUGGCCCCUCGGCAGAGAUGGUGAUGAUCGACCGCAUGUUCAUCCAGGAGGAAAAGCUGGCCUUGAGCCAGGACCGGAUUUUGGCCAAGGAGAGACCAGAGGAGUUUGUGGCUAAUGCUCGUCUGUUGGAGAGUUUAGCUGCGUCCCAACACAAGUCCCCUCCGGCCGAGCCCACCUCCAACGUCACUGGUGUCACCGUGGCCGCCGCUGCCCAGCCACCGCCGCCGGAAUCCGCACCUCCCAUUCCGGCUGUAGCUUCCCACGUCCCACCGAAACUCCCUCCCGCCCCGAGCGUGUCUCCAGCGCCGACUCCCGCUCCUGUCGCUGGCCCCCCUACCGCCUCCUUCCCUCCGACAAAAUUGGUCAUAAAGCAGGGUGGGGGGGGGGCCUCGGUGUCGUGGUCCAGUAGCUGCGCCCCUCCUCCGAGUGGGUCUGAACCGACAAGCCAGAGCCCUUACUUAUCGCGUACCCCUGCGUCGUCGUCGUCGUCGUUCUUUUCCUCCUCCAACUCUAAAAUGGACGACGAUGACGACGACGCGCUCCCGCAGAGGACCAGCAAGCCGCCCAUCAAAACCUACGAGGCUCGGAGAAGGAUCGGCUUGAAGCUGAAGAUCAAGCAGGACCAAACGGGCUUCGGUAAGGUGGUCCACAACACAGCCUUAGACCCCGUGCACACGUCUCAGCCCAACACUCCCAAAUCCCAACCCCCGUCCACUCCCACGCCCGCCGGGGUCAUCAGGACCCAGUCUCCCGUGUCGGUCACCACGACGACCACACAGUCCAACCCAUCCCAGAGCUCGUCCUCCGUGCAAAUGAACGGCACCCUGGAGCACCACAACCCGGCCUCCGCCACCCCCGCGCCCUCGCAAACCACCUGCCGCCUCCCCCUCCGAAAGACUUACCGGGAAAACGUCAGCCCUCGGGUUCGGCCGGGGGUCCCGGGCGGCGGCGGGGACGACGACUCGGCGCCCUACCCCACCCCCACCCACGAGAGGACAGUCAUAGCCAGCGUGAAGGUGGAGAAACGAGGUCAGGACCCCGACUCGGGCUUGGACCACGUGGCUGACGUGUUCAACCACGCCGUCAAGGGGGUGAAAGGAAUCGGGGAGGAUCGCUCGGAGCAGGACGCCGACUUCCCCAAAUACAAGCGGACCGGUGGGAAAACCAAACAGAGACAAGCGGGAACUUUUAGGAUGGACCAGCACGCGCCGGGGCCCCCUUCGCCGGAGUUCCCUUCGCUCCCCGCCAAGCGCAGUAAGUCUGAUUCGCCCGACAUGGACAACGCCAGCUUCUCCAGCGGCAGCCCCCCCGACGACUCCCUCAACGAACAUUUGCAAUGCGCCAUCGACAGCAUCCUCAACCUACAGCAGGAGCCCACGCUACGGGGGCACCACCACCGCAAGGGGGGCAACGGCCGGACGCAUUCACGCUCGGCCCCCCCGCACAGACCCUCGGUGCCCCCGUCGUCUUCCUCCGCCUCGUCCUCCCUGGCCCAGCAUCCUCAGGUCGGCGGCCGCGGCCACAAUGGCAGCCUGGUGCCGCAGACUCAGAGCAGAUAACGGCCCCCCCCCGCCCCCGGCCCCGGCCGCAUGGACUGAAGGGGGCCGGGUGGCGCCCCGGAAAAUAGGAAGCGAGUCUUGAAGACUCUGCCAAGUUUGUCCACGGUAUCCUCGAGUCACGUUUUUGUGGUCUUGUCCCGUCCGGGCUUCUUCUUGUGUUGUCACAUGCUCAUGCCCCUCCCUCCUUCCCCCGACCAAACUCCCGCCCCCCACAUUCCCUUCUUGUCAGUGUUUCCCAACUUCCAUUGAGCCAAGGCACAUACUUUACGAGGCAAAACUCUCACGGCACAAUAACAAACUGCAAAUACUAUGACGAGUGUUACUAUGUAUACCUUGGAACGGCAAGGUCAAUGUUGAAGAGGAUGAUGAAUGUAUGUCGCUCCAAGGUAUGUAGCAGCAAGUUAAACGGCAAAAUUCACGCCAUAAUUGAUCCUUUAAAAUUCCCCACAAAAAGGCCAGAAACAUUGAACAACCCAAAGCGCACAUUGGAUUGCGUGACGAGCACAUAGCACAAGCCGAAUGAUGACCAAGACAACAAAAUAAAGUUCAAGGCCUACAAUUGUGGUUAUAAAAACAUUCAAAUACCAAUCCUUAUUUAUUUAUUUUUUUUUACUUAGUUUCUGACCUUGUUUGACCUCUAAACUCAUUCGGUUCUGAUUUCUUUCGGUCAGCAGGGGGCAGGCCAGGCUCAUCCCUCAACUUUCACCUCUGUCCCAUCCUUCCCUGUGUGUCUUUUUUUUGGUGUUUUUAAGUGUAGGCCCGCCGGACAAAUCCAACUGAAACACAGCACAAGCGUACGGAAACGGCGGGGAGGCGGAGAGGGGAAAAACAAACAAAAAAAAACGGAACAAUAAUAAUGUACAAAAGACCGCGAGAGAAUUUGAAGUAUAGUAUUACAGAUUAAUUUUGUAUUGUAUUUAUUGUGUAUAAGGAUACUUUUUAAAAAGAAAUGUACAUUUACUAAAACUGUAAAUUAAACCUUGCUUCUUUUAUUAA